CUCUCCCAGCCAAAAUAGGGCCGAAAGGGCCCAAACCCUAAAAUCGAAAUCAAAAACCCCUUCUAGCUUUCUACUCUUAGCCGGAAAACCUCGAAAACUGCUCGCUAUCUCGGAACCCAUCAAUAGAACUCUUCAGAUCAAUGAGAAAUCAAUGGCGUUGGCUUCUUCUCCUCCGAUGCCACUCUCGGUCUGGACUGCUCAUUUCCACCCUACCUCACUCUCAGGUAAACUCUACCCGCUCUAUCUCGUCAUGUUCUCUGCUUUCCCCGCCUCAUCCCCCGCGCGUUACUAUCAAUCAACUUCAUAACCCCCCUAUGUCUCUCCGUUUUUUCUCCUCUUCUGAGCUCGCCGUUGAACCCACCAAAGACCAACCUGAUCAAAACCAAAUUGCUGUGCUGACUGACAUUUUCUCCCAGACCCAGCUGAGUAAUGAGAAAAUUAAGCUGGAAUUAGAGUCCAAUAACAUUGUCAUAACCCAUGAUUUGGUUUUGAAUGCGUUGAAGAAUCUCCAGUCUGCCCCUGAUGUGGCGCGGAGGUUCUUCAAAUGGGUUUCAAAGAGUGAUAACGAGAAGAGAUUGAGCUCGAAAUCUUAUAAUUUGAUGCUGGGUGUACUGCUUGGUAAUGGGUUUGUGAAGGAAUUUUGGGAUAUGGUUGGGACUAUGAAAAAGAAAGGUUAUGGAGUAUCGAAGGGUACGUUUGUUAAAGCUUUGGAGAAAUUUGAGAAGGAUGGGAUGAGUGAUGAUGUUAAGAAGUUAAAAGAUUUGUACGCGUCCGGGUCGACUGAUAAUUCAGUUGAAAAUCUUUGUUCUCGGGUUUGUAGAGCUAUUAGAUCAGAGCUUUGGGGUGAUAAUGUGGAAAAGCGGCUUCGGGGCUUGAAUGUUGAGUUUUCUAGUGAGUUGGUGUCGAUGGUUGUGGACAAUCUUGGGAUUGGUGCAAACAAGGGGUUGAUUUUCUUCAGGUGGGCUGAGGAGAGCGGUCUCUGCAAACAUGAUGAACGUACGUAUAAUGCUAUGGUGAGGGCAUUAGCUGGUGAGGAUGCGAGUAAUAAAUUCUGGAGGGUUGUUGAUGAGAUGAGGAAUGCUGGGUUUGAAAUGUACAGGGACACCUACGUUGAUGUUUUGGGAAGGUUUGUUAAGAAGGGAAUGAUCAAGGAUGCUGUGGAUUUGUACGAGUUUGCAAUGGGGGGCUUGAAUAAGCCAUCAGUACAUGAUUGCACUUUUCUUUUGCGGAAAAUUGUAGUUGGAAAGGAGCUGGAUAUGAACUUAUUUUCUAGAGUUGUGAGGAUCUUUAGGGAGGGUGGAAAUGUGAUUACAAAUUCUGCUUUUGAUGCAGUUCUCAAGUCUUUGACCAGCGUUGCAAGAGUUGGGGAGUGCAACAGCAUUAUAAAAGCCUUGGAAGAGGGUGGGUUUCAACUCAACGGUACUUUGCAAAGAAAGAUUGCCUUUCAACUCAGCAGGGGUGGGAAACAUGAUGAAGCAGGUGAAUUUAUAGAUAACAUGGAGGCAUCUGAUUCUACUCCAGAUCAUAAAAUCUGGGCAUCCUUGGUUGAAGGAUAUUGUCUGGCUGGUGACCUGGAGAAAGCUUCAGAUAGUUUCCGAAAGAUGGUUGAGAAAGUCGAGGCUUCUAGUACCGGAUAUGCUCUAGAAUUAUUGGUUAGUACAUAUUGCCGUAAGAACAGAGCAGCAGAUUCAUACAAACUUGUUACUGAAAUGAUUGAUGGAAAAGACUUGCAACCUUGGCAUUCCACAUACAAAAUCUUGAUAGGCAUGUUGUUGGCACAAGGAGGAUUUAAAGAAGCUUUGGAUGUUCUUCCCCUGAUGAAGAAACAAGGAUAUCCACCCUUUUUGGAGCCCUUCAUUGAGUACCUUUCUAAGUGUGGAAGCCCUGAUGAUGCUGUUGCCUUUUCAAAAGCAAUGACAGUGAAGAGAUAUCCAUCCACAUCUGUAUUUCUGCAACUAUUCGAAGCUUACUUCAAAGUGGGAAGGCAUAAUGAAGCACAAGACUUUCUUGCUAAGAGCCCGAGAUACAUAAGAAACCAUGCUGAUGUUCUUAAUAUGUUUUGUUCCGUGAAAGGUGGAGAGAAAGCUCCUGCCAUUACCAUGGCUGCUUAGGAUUCAGUGAAUGUAUCAGUACUGUAUUUUGUCACCUCAAAGAAGUAGCACAUUCGUUGAAAAUUUUGUUUUGC